AGACCACUGUUGGACACCCCUUCAAACCACGGACAGGACGGACGAGGGCGAGGGACGAGACGCCUCUUAUCUUGCCACUGUUCACGACGAGGCCCUUGUUACCACUGUGGCUUCCACUUGUCCCCUAUGUCUCAUGCGUUUCUAAAACUUCCUUUUCGCACAAGGCGCGUUGACACCGUCCUCGAUCUCUGCGCUCCAUCACCAAGAUGGACCAAGAUGAAGAACUCUCCCAAAGCCUGAGCGACCUGAGCAGCUCACUCUCUUCCCUGGAGCUCUCCACCGAGCAACUACAUGUCGACAUACAGGCUGCUCGUGACAGGAUCACAGAUUACACUCCUUAUAACGCCAAAGAUUUGACCAAAUUGGUCCUUGGAAGCUUCAUCGACAAUUUACCACCUGAUGGGAACCGGAUUCUCUGUCGGUACAUACUUGAAAACAAUCAUCGAGACGACCUUUACAAAUUAGGCGAUCAUCUAGCUAAAGCGAUAUUAGCACCCAUGAAGGCGUGUGGGGGACAGACGCCAGCUACAUCGGACUCACCCUUCGGAAACCGCGACGACAUGGCCUCUGAGAUGGUGGAGAGCAGUACCCGGGCACCACUACGACAUAUGAAAGCCCUGUGUCUCAAAAGAGACGAUUAUCGCUGUGUCCUGUCGGGUCGCUUCGCGAAGGAAGCUGUUGGCCGUCACCCAACAGUCCCCGACAAUGAGAUUCGUAGGAAUAUGCUUACUGCGCAUAUCUCGCAUAUAAUGCCAUUCGCCCUGGGUUUCUGGAGUAAUGAUGGAGGUUAAGAAAAAGUCGAAUACCUGGACCACGAUGUUUGCUCUUUUCCCAAGUUUGGAGAGUAUGAUCAAGCCCGAGCAGAUCAAUGCGGGUUGUAACCUUAUGAUCUUGAGCAGCUCGCUCAAUGAUGAGUUCGGUGCGCUAGAGCUCGCUCUUGAACCCACCGAUGACGACAGAACAUACAAGAUUGUAACCUACCCCAACUUCUCAGGAUCAGAGGCCCAUUACUUCCCUCCAGCCAACAGAGAUGG